UUUUCAGGAGCUACGGUCCUCCCUUCCUCUCUAGUCCCGCAACAAUGCUUCGUACGAUAUCGCGACGACUGCCGCGCCAACGUCCCAUCGCAACACCGAUCGCGCGUCUCCCCCUGCGGUCAUUCGCGUGCGGCUGUCCUCGGAUGGCACUCCCCCCCGGUUGAACCGCCAGUGUCCACACCAUUGCCCUCCGACGCAUACCAGCUGCUAUCAACCAAGGAAAAGGCAGGUGCAGCUGAAGAUGCAUUGUACGAGCAACAAAUCCGUGAUGUCGAGGCCUGGUGGAGUACCCCUAGAUAUGAGGGGAUCAAGCGGCCAUACUCGGCAGCAGAUGUUGUGAGCAAGCGAGGAAGCCUGCAGCAGACAUAUCCAAGCUCCCUCAUGGCACGAAAGCUUUUCAAUCUGCUUAAUGAGAGAGCGGCUGCUGGCGAACCCGUUCACACUAUGGGCGCAAUUGACCCUGUCCAGAUGACCCAGCAGGCGCCAAAUCAGGAAGUCCUCUACAUCUCUGGUUGGGCUUGCUCAUCUCUUCUCACCUCUACGAACGAAGUCUCACCGGACUUUGGUGACUACCCUUACAACACCGUGCCCAACCAAGUCCAGCGUCUGUUCAAGGCGCAGUCCAUGCACGACCGCAAGCAAUGGGAUGCUAGGAGGAAACUUUCUCCAGAGCAGCGCGAAUCUACACCAUAUGUUGACUAUCUACGACCAAUCAUUGCGGAUGGAGACACUGGCCACGGAGGCCUGUCCGCUGUCUUGAAAUUGGCAAAACUUUUUGCGGAAAAUGGUGCGGCGGCAGUCCAUUUUGAGGAUCAGCUACACGGUGGAAAGAAGUGUGGUCAUUUGGCGGGCAAAGUGCUUGUACCUAUAGGCGAGCAUAUUAACCGCCUCACUGCUGCUCGAUUCCAGUGGGAUAUGAUGGGCUGUGAGAACUUGGUCAUUGCGCGAACCGACUCAGAGAGCGGACGAUUGAUCAGCAGUGCAAUUGACGCCAUGGAACGCGAUGGUGCAUCUCCCGCUGAGAUCGAUGCCUUUGAGCUUUCCUGGGUGAAAAAGCACACUCUGGUCACUUUUGAUGAAGCCGUUGACGCCCACCUCAAGGCCGAGGGUGCUUCACAAUCUACCCGUGAUGCCUACAAGUCAGAGGUCCAGCAGAACCCUGAUCUUUCUUUCUCUCGGCGCAGGGUCGUCGCCAGCAAAUAUACCCAAAGCCCGGUAGUCUGGUCCUGUGAUAUCCCACGUACGCGUGAAGGGUUCUAUCAUUACAAGGCAGGCUUCCCGGCGGCAACUAAGCGAGCUAGGGAGUUCGCACCAUAUGCUGACCUGCUUUGGGUGGAAACGGGCGACCCUAAUGUCCAAAAGGCAGGCGAACUUGCCGCCGAGGUCCGCGCACAGUUCCCGGGGAAGAAGUUGGUGUACAACCUCAGUCCGUCAUUCAAUUGGAUGGGACAGGGCUUUGACGAAGCAUCACUAAAGUCGUUCAUUUGGGACCUCGCCAAGCAUGGAUUCGUCUUGCAACUCAUCUCUCUUGCAGGUCUGCACAGUGGUGCUACUAUUACCACUGAACUAUCCCGAGCCUUCAAGGAUGAAGGCAUGCUUGCCUACGUCCGCCUUAUCCAGGCGCGCGAGAAGGAGAUGGGCGUGGACGUUCUAACGCAUCAGAAAUGGAGCGGUGCUCCAUACAUAGAUGGGAUUCUGGGAGCCAUUCAGAGCGGUAGCAGCAGUAGCAAGAGUAUGGGUGAGGGGAACACAGAAAAGGGUGAGUAG